UUUUUUUUUUAUAAAUAGAGUCUUUUUAUGCUUUAGAAACACAUCAGAAGAAAAUGGUACAGAAGAAAGGGGCUGCUAGGGUUUCAGAAGAUGCCGAGGAGCUGGCCCAUAUUCCAUUGCAGGCUGUCCUCUUGGCUGAUAGCUUUGCUCAAAAGUUCCGCCCAAUUACACUUGAGCGUCCUAAGGUUCUCUUACCACUGGUCAAUGUUCCCAUGAUUGAGUACUCCUUAGCAUGGCUUGAGUCUGCCGGGGUGGAAGAAGUUUACGUCUUCUGUUGUGCACAUUCCAAGCAAGUGAUUGAUUACUUGAAGAAUUCACAGUGGCUUAACCAACCAAAAUUUUCAGUCACAACAAUAGAGUCCCAUGAUUCUAUUAGUGCUGGAGAUGCGCUGCGGUUGAUUUAUGAGCGGAAUGUGAUACAUGGGGAUUUCAUACUUAUAAGUGGGGAUACUGUGAGCAACAUGUCCCUUACCCAGGCACUUCAAGAACAUAAGGAAAGAAGGAAAAAAGAUACUAAUUCUGUAAUGACCAUGGUCAUCAAACAAUCAAAGCCUUCUCCGUUGACUCAACAAACUCAACUUGGUAAUGAUGAGCUGUUUAUGGCAAUUGAUCCCGUUACAAAGCAGCUUCUGUAUUAUGAGGAUAAGGCAGACCACUGGAAGGGAACCAUUUCUCUGGAUAAGAUGAUGUUAGUUGAUAAUCCUGCGGUUUCUCUGCACAAUGACAGACAGGAUUGCUACAUUGAUAUCUGCUCCCCGGAAGUUCUUAGUCUUUUCACCGACAAUUUCGACUAUCAACAUCUUCGGCGUCAUUUUGUCAAAGGACUUCUUGUUGAUGAUAUAAUGGGUUACAAAAUCUUUACUCAUGAAAUCAAAUCAAGCUAUGCAGCUAGAGUAGACAAUUUCAGAAGCUAUGGCACCAUCAGUAAGGAUAUAAUCCAGAGGUGGACGUACCCUUUGGUGCCAGAUGUUCAUUUUGCUGGAAAUCACCCAACUAAAUUAGAAAGACGGGGGAUGUACAGAGCAUCUGAGAUAUCACAAUCACGUUCUGCACAAAUUGGUCCUUUUACAUUGGUUGGAAAGGGCACUAAAAUCGGGGACAACUCUAGACUCUCCAAUUCAGUAAUUGGGGAAGGUUGCACUAUUGGAUCAAAUGUUUCAAUUGAAGGUUCCUAUAUUUGGAACAAUGUCACGAUUGAGGAUGAUUGUAAACUAAGGCAUGCAAUUGUUUGUGAUGGGGUGGUAAUUAAGUCAGGGGCUGUUCUGGAACCUGGGAUUAUUUUAUCAUUCAAGGUACAUAUAACUAUGCUCAUCUCUGGCGCUUUGCUCUUUCUUCCCAUGAUUCUGUCGGACUUAUUUUCAACAAUGUACAUUUGA